AUGACGGCCGGUCUCAAGACCAUCAUUGCCCUUUCGUUUGUCCUUGCCAUUGGGUUUCUCCUCGUCAUCCUUUCGGCUGCGUUAUUCCAUAAUUUCCUCACCCUCCUCGUCGUCGCAACCUAUGUAUUAGCGCCAGUACCGAACUGGAUUGCUUCAAGAUGUGCCAACCCGGAUGACUUCAUUGAGAGCGGCUCAAGCGCAUGGCUAGACCUUGGCCGGUUUGCUACGGGCUUCCUCGUUGUUAUGGGCAUUGCACUACCGGUCCUCCUGGCACACUGCGCGCUCAUCCAGAUCCCGGCCAUGGUGAUGUCGAUAGUCGGUGGGCUGUUGAUAUACGGAACCAUCAUCAGCUUUUCCCAAUUCUUCAAGGAGGAGCAGGACUUUUAG